AUGGGUGCCGCGGAGCUGUACGCGCAGAUGGUGGCAAGCCAGAAAGCUGUGGUGAUCCAGAGCGCGGUGAGGGGCUGGCUGGCUCGCACCAAGUACCUUCGGGUGCGCAGGGCGGUGGUCUAUCUGCAGUGCUGCUACCGGCGCAUGCGGGCUCGCAGGGAGCUGAGGCGGCUCCGGAUCGAGGCCAAGUCGGUGGAGCACUACAAACAGCUCAACAAAGGCAUGGAGAUCAAAGUGAUGCAGCUGCAGUGCAAAGUGGAUGAGCAGGCCAGGGAGAACCGGAGUCUCUCGGAGCAGCUGUCCGCACUGAGAGCCUCCCACAGCGAGGAGGUGGAGCGGCUGCUGCGGGAGGACAAGGCGCAGGAGAAGCGCAUCCGGGAGCUGCAGGAGCAGCUGCAGCGCGUGGAGUCGGAGAAGAGCUGCUCAGAAGGCCGGCUGGGCCAGGAGAUGGAGGAGCUGAAACAGGUGCAGGGCACAGGCAGGGGUGACUCUUGAUUGUCCGGCUAACCG